AUGCUCUCUGUGAAGCUCAGCUUUCUGGCCAAAGCGGAGAGCUCAGCGCAAAAGAGGAGUCCUGUAACGGGGGAUGCAGCCCCGAAGAAAAAGACGCGUGUCUUGCCUUCUCUGGACGAGAUAGACAACGGCGGGGUCGCGGCGUCCCUGACCAAGUUCCUUUUUUUACCAAUCGCGAAGAAGAAUCCCUCCAGUCUUCCGCGCUCUGUCUCUCGGCAGCUCCAAGCCUCGGCGGCAUCUCUGACCCUGUCUAACCGGGUCCUUCCGUCUUUCUCAUCUGGAAAACUGCCGGCGGACAAGAUGGGGCCCCUUCGCGUCUCUUUUGUUCUUCUCUCGGUCUCUUUUCUCGUGUUCCACGCUCGCAACUUUGUGCUCCAAACCGAUGCGUCCACUCAAUUGGACUACGGCACCGACAGCGACUUGACUCUGAAGGCUGUGAACAAGAUUGACGAGCCUCAAUACCAGCCUCGCGAGCAAGAGAGUCCGGAGCCCGAGCCCCCAAAGCCCCGCCAGUCAGACCCUGCGCCCGUCCCCCGCCCCCCGGUGACUUCUUCUGAGGCGGUUUCCUCUUCUUCGUUCGACUACCAGUGGUACACCUUUACAGAAUGCAAGAAGCCCUACUUGACGCUGAAAAAGAGCACCACGGACGUGCGCCUGCAUGUUCUCGACGUGUUGAACUCGGGCUUGCAAGUUCUCGGGAGAAGGCCGGCACAAGAGGGAGACGACCGGACGCUCACUUACAUCUGUGCGUUGGCCGUCGGAUUCACCGAUGCGUAUCGCGCCAUGCGCCAAGCCAGCAAGGCAGCGACCGGUGACGCCGACGAGACGGGCGUCAGCGUCCCUCUGGGGAAGUGGUUUUCGAUCACGCUGAAGAAGGAGGCCGAGCAGGGAAAGAAGACGAAAAGGGCCAAGACGUUCUACACCAAAUGCGCGUUCAUCGCGGACCGUGUGGACACGAUCCUGGCCGCGUCCGACUACCACAUGCCUGGGGGUGCUACGGUAGCUCCUCCGACGGCCCUGGCGACGCACAUGAAUGGAUCGUUUGACGAGCAUUCUGACAUUUCUGACAAGCAAAUCUCGUACAUCAUCGGGCACUGUCUCCGCGAGAAAGACGACUUUAAAGGAAAGUCUUGGGGCGUGAUUCACCACGCGCUGAUCCAAGUCUGGACUGGGCUCCACUACAUGGCCCAGUGUGCGAUUCGGAUGCUCCCUCUGAGUCACCGCGAGAAACUCGCGCUCCUCGUUGCACAGCAAACGAUGCUGAACCACAGACAGACCCCGACGUUCUACAGCUUCCUGGGAAAAUUCCAGCAGUUCGCAUUUUUUGGGCAGAAGUCCGGCUACUUUCCCUCGGCAAAAGACAUGCGGAGGAGCGUUGCGUGCGGCCCCACCGCGCUGUCGUCGGAAGACUGGGCACCCGCGAACCCUUCCGUCUCGACAGCCUUUCUGAUGGACUUCAGCACCAUCCUCCAGUAG